UAUCUUCGCAUCUUUCCCUCGACGAUUAGUUGUAGACUUGUUUCGGAAAACGACAAACUCAUUGGAAAAUCGGCGAUAACUGCACCUGUUAAUCGCAACUAACACGCGACUGAAACCGCUACCGAAAUGUUACCAGGGAAACGUUGCGGAAGAAACGCGGGUCCGAGUGGUCGGAAUCUAGUGUGUUUUCGAGUUUACCGUACGAUUGGCCGUCACGCAACGCGGCCAGCGGAACUAUGCCGUCGCUAGUCAUUUUUCCAACAACGGUCGGUACUAUACUAUCCUUACUACGCGCUAUAUAUGUACACGCGUAGACGCAUACUACGAUCCUACAUAGUAUGCAGGGUACUGUAGCUUGCCACUCGCGUUGCUGUUCGACUCUGUUGGUGUCGAGGGGUUGUUUUCGACGGUGCGUUUCGUUCUAACGUGGCCAACGAAUCGUUCGCGACGAAUUCGGAAUAUGCCAAAAGUGCGGCGAAGUAAAAAACCCCCGCCGGAUGGUUGGGAGUUGAUAGAACCGACUUUGGAAGAACUGGAACAAAAAAUGCGAGAAGGUAACCAUGACACAGUCCGAAACGGAACCUCACGAAGGCAAGCGUAAACAAGAAUCACUGUGGCCAAUUUUUAAGAUCCAUCAUCAAAAGUCGCGUUACAUUUACGAUUUAUACUAUAGACGAAAAGCCAUAAGCCGUGAACUGUACGAUUAUUGUCUGAACGAGAAUAUAGCGGACAAAAAUCUGAUAGCCAAGUGGAAGAAAGUGGGAUACGAAAAUUUAUGCUGCUUACGGUGUAUACAAACCAGAGACACUAAUUUCGGAACAAAUUGUAUUUGUAGAGUUCCCAAAGGGAAAUUGGAAGAAGGUAGAAUAGUGGAGUGCAUUCAUUGCGGGUGUAGAGGAUGUUCCGGAUAACCUACGCCCUUUAGAAUAAGAUGAUUUUAAUCGGUGGUCGAUAGGCGUGUCAGCGCCGACGACGUUUAUGCGUUUUUUAAGUCCCUGUUACUCGACAACCGGAAGCGCGCGAACCGACCUUCUUCUUCGACGUAGCGUACGGUAUGGUCGUUACUCGGUUAUUCGUCGUAACCUAAUACGGCGUAAAUCGGCCGAACGAAUGAAAAUCUGCAGCGCGAGCGAGUCCAGUGUACAGGGAAAUAAACGAUUUUUGAGCUAAAA